UACUUUGUUAGUGUUGCUGACGACACGCUGAUGGCUUCUUCCUCCCAACAAAGAUGGCAGCUCCUUUAACCCUGCUUUUAAUUGUAGCUGUAACAAUAAGAGCAGUAUUAUUUAGAUCAAGUUUAGCUGAGCUUAUACCAGAAAGAGUUGAGGUAGUAUCUCCACUAAAUGCCUGGAAAAGAGUUGUGGAAGGCCUGGCUCUCCUGGACCUGGGAGUAUCGCCAUAUGCAGGGGAUGUGUUCCAUGAGACUCCCCUCAUUAUAUACUUCUUUCACUUUGUUAUUGAUUAUGCAGAGAUUGUGUUUAUGAUGGCAGAUGCACUCACUGCGGUGGCACUCUACCUAGCAGUGAAGGACUACAACAAGACUGUGUUCAGGAAACAGAAGUACGCCCUGGAGGCUGAGCGCUAUCCUCUGGACUGCCUGGAGCUCAUCCGCACCCCCAAAGAGAUGUACUACAUCCCUCUGAAAGUGGCCAUGUUUUACUUGUUGAACCCUUUCACUAUCCUCUCCUGUGUGGCAAAGUCAACCUGCGGGCUUAACAAUGCAGUCAUCGCACUCUUCAUUCUCUGUACAGUAAAAGGAAGUUCCUUGAUGAGUGCGAUAUUCUUGGCCUUGGCGACAUACCAGUCAAUCUACCCUCUCACACUAUUUGCCCCAGCACUGCUAUACCUACUACAGAGGUUGUACAUCCCAGUGAACUGGCAAAGAUCCAGCUUCUGGCUCUUCACAACGCAGUACGCCUUCAUGUACCUGGGCAGCCUAUGUGUCAUGGUCUGUCUGUCCUUCUUCCUGCUCAGCUCCUGGGACUUCCUGUCUUCCGUCUACGGAUUCAUCCUCUCCGUUCCAGACCUCACCCCCAACAUAGGCCUCUUCUGGUACUUCUUUGCCGAGAUGUUUGAGCACUUCCGCCUCUUCUUCAUCUGUGUCUUUCAGAUCAACGUGUUCUUCUACACCAUUCCACUCUCCAUCAAGCUAAAGGAGCACCCGGUCUUUUUGAUCUUCAUGCAGAUUGCCAUCAUCUCCAUCUUCAAGUCCUACCCCACCGUGGGCGACAUCGCCCUCUACAUGGCCUUCCUGCCCGCAUGGAACCACCUAUACAGAUUCUUGAGAAAUAUAUUUCUGGUGUCGGUUGUGUUGUUGGCUUGCUCCGCCUUGUUCCCCGUCCUCUGGCACCUCUGGAUCUACGCUGGCAGCGCCAACUCCAACUUCUACUACGCCAUCACGCUGCUCUUCAAUGUGGCACAGAUCUUGCUGGUGUCGGACUACUUCUAUGCGUACCUGCGGCGAGAGCACCACCUGACCCAUGGCUUGUACCUGAAGAGGAAAGACGGCAGCGAGGCCACUCUGGUUCUCAAGUAGACGACACAAACUCUCACACACACACUUGCACGCACACACGCACGCAGACAGGGAUGGGACAUGGGUGACAGACCCAUACCUGACUGACAGUGACUCUGAACAUUACCCCACCCUUUGAGUUCUUUGAGGUCUUACUUUUAAGCAAACAUCCCACCAACCAACCAACCCCCUGCUCCCCCAUAGACCAAAGCCUUAGUGUUUCUGAAGUACCUUCUGGUACAGAAAUGAAGGAUGGAGCAGACAUGGAGUUGAAGAGGGUGGGAUGGAAGAUGGGUGCCUUUUGCUCUUUCCAUGCUCUGUCGCUCCAGUGAGUAGGCGACAAAUCUUGUUGUGGCGGUGUAGGUGAUGGUGUUGCUUGUCCUUUUCUUUUGCUUCAUUUGGUCAUAGUUUUUUUUUCCUGGAUUUCCUUUCUUAUGCUUUUAGGAAUUGCUGUCACUCAUUGAAAACAAGCAGAUGACUUGAGCAGAUGUGAGCCUUUGGGUACUUGGGAGCACACAGAAACCAGACAGUUCUGCAUUUAGGCUGUUUAGGGUGUCGGUUGAACAUAAACCACAGGGGCUUGUCAGUCAAUCUAGUGUUACCUGGAAGAAACAGCCUCCACAUCUGGGUCGUGUUCAUUAGGGCGUGCAACUGAAAAUGUGUAAAAAAUAUUAUUUAAAACGUGUAUUUCUUAUUGUCCAAGUAGUCCACCUCUGUUCCAGUAUGUUGUCUUCUGUUUAGUGCCUAAUGAACAAAACCCUUUAUAUUGUGUUUUACUAAUACACUUAACACUGUCCUACAAUAACUGUGUACAAAAUGUUGCUACGUUGGUACUCUUCUCUCAAUGGAUAGCUGAUGGGCCUAACUACUGCAUUGUCACUAUUUGCAAUACUAUAGGAAAAAGAUAUCGGGAUAAGACGCCUGUUUACUGGAGUAUCUUAUCUGAGAAAAAUGUAGUCUGAUAACCCUGUACCCAGUGAAAAUGAGAUAUAAUCUGGAUUCCUCACUAUCUGAACUCUCGUGAUGGAUCACAUUCAACAAGCAAUGUUCAUGUAUGCCAUGUUUGUGUACAUAUACAGUAUUUAAUUGACAGCACUAAUUUUGUUCAACGUUUUUUUCUUCUAUAAUUUUCUAAAUGGAGGACUACUUUAGUUGUUUUGAUAUGUUUCUGUAAUUUAUUUUCUUCAUGAUAUUAAAGACCAGGGUGAUUUUAAAA